UCCUCCCCUCCCUCCCCGCUCCCUCCCCUCCCCUCCCCGCUGGCACUGCGGAGCCGGAGACGUGACCCGAGCGGAGCCAGCCGCGGCCUUUUCCCCGCUGCUCCAGCCUCUCGCCGCAGAGUCGCAUGUCAUCUAUCCAGAACCUCCAAUCCUUCGACCCCUUUGCUGAUGCAACAAAGGGUGACGACUUGCUCCCGGCGGGGACUGAGGAUUACAUUCAUAUAAGGAUCCAGCAACGAAACGGAAGAAAGACACUAACAACUGUUCAGGGAAUUGCAGAUGAUUAUGACAAGAAGAAACUUGUGAAAGCUUUUAAAAAGAAAUUUGCUUGUAAUGGUACUGUGAUUGAACAUCCUGAAUACGGUGAAGUUAUCCAGCUUCAAGGUGACCAGAGGAAGAACAUUUGCCAAUUCCUCUUGGAGAUUGGCAUUGUCAAGGAAGAACAACUGAAAGUUCAUGGUUUCUAAAAUACCUGUACUCUCCUGAAGAACCCUGCAGUAUUUGGUCUUACCUAGCCUGGCUCUCCUGUGAAAAAUGAAUGUUUGCAGUGAAUGGACUUCCCUGUUAACUGAACAUUUAAAAUGUGAUUCAGAUUUGCAUGACUGCGUGAAACAUGUGGUGUGUAGACUAGAAACACAUAAGAAAACUUCAGUAAGGUGGUAAUCAAGACACUUGUGAACUUUAACACAUUUCCAAUGGAAAUGUUUUAGCAAUGACUGUUCAGUUUACUACUCUCCACCUGACUUAAAUGUGUGGGUUCUAUUAAAAUAGUGUGUUGUUGCUUAGAAAUAAAAGUUUAUUCAUAUAUUUUCUGGGAUAUCUGAAAUGCUUUAGCUUAAGUUUUAAACUAGCACAGCAGCCUUACUAAAGAAUACCUAAAAUGUUUUCUGGCAAGUCUAGCUCACUGCGCAUUGAAUAAAUUGGAAAAUCUACAUGAUGAAGCAUUAGCUGAUUAAUCAGUAGAUUAGCUUGAUAUGAUUUUAUCCUGUAGCUGUAAGACUAGAGCUUUAAAGUUUUUUGUGUAGGUGUAUCUUAGUAGCAGCAUGAUAAGACAUAAAUUGUUUGCUGAGUAAGUAACUGGAUCUUCUCUAAAAUUUACUGCAGUGACUAUGAAAUACUAGUGUUAAGCAUAGUAGGGAUAAAAUAAGCUGAACUCUUUAAGGCUGCUGUUACUGAGAACACGUUAAACAUCUAGGUCUUACGUAGCGCUCCCAAAACAUUUGAAGGAAGUGCAUGGGAUUUAGUAUCUUUUCUGUCCCUGAGUGAAGGGGAAAGACAUUGAGUUGGCUUCUGCCAUGACUGUGCAUUUAAUGUUGGCAAGCAGAGUGCUUUAAUUAGCUGGUAGUGUUAGCUGCGGAAGUAAGAAAGGGAACAGUCUCUACACUAGCCUUUUUUUUUUUUUAAUUUUCCCUGGUGUGAAAAGUUUUGUUGUGACUAAUGGUUAAUAUGGAGGGUUUUGUAAUGGGGUUUGAGUGUUACUACAGAAAGCUGAUUUAGUCUACUUUUCCAGCAGGCAAUUCAUUCACUGUGAUCUGAAGUUACAAUAGGUUUGUUCCACCAUGCUUUUCAUCUAGUUUUAGUUAGCUGUAGGAAUUUGGUAUUCUGCUUUUAAGACGUGUGUCUUUACAGAAUGAAAUUACUUCAUUUGGUGAAACAUGCAGAUCUUGCCUUCCUUGUGAGAUAGAUACCUUAAUUUUCUCUGAAACAAUUCAAAACAUGCUGAGCUGAGAAACCAUAAAAAUAGUGGGAAAAGUUUAAAAAAAAACAAAACAAAACUUCUUGUAAUAUCAUGUGUUCUCUGGAAAAGAAGAAAAAGACAUUUCUUUACUGCUAAGACUUACUAAUAACUUACUCAGGAAAAAAAAGAACUGAUUACGACCUAUGUAAACAUAAAGAACAGGCAAAACUAUAUUACUUAAUAUCCCCUGUGCCUAUACUUUGUUUCCUGUUCAGACUUGCCUUUCUAAACAGAAAUGCUCAAUUUUAACUCACUUGAACCUUUUUUCUUUAAGAGCUCUGAAUUCAGAUAUAAACCUUUAUGGCACUAAAAACAAUUAGGGGAGCAUUAUAGAGCAUUCAUAUGACAAUUUCUUUCUCUGUCUGGUCUAGACAAUUCCACUUGUAAGAAUCCUGUGUCCAGCCUCUCAAUCUCCACAAAUUGGGCCUGGUGUUACAGAUCUUAACUGUUCCAGAAAAGGGAUGUUCCAGAAGAUUGUAUACUGUUGAGGUAUAAUGUGUUCAGGAGGAGGGAAAGCCUGCUGCAAAACAUAAAUACCAGCACGCAGAAUGAAAAUCCAAAGAGUAAGUCUUAUGCAAGUCUUGCACAUUAGCAGAAUAAAAUCAUUGUACUGCAAGUUUACCUAGUCCUGAUUCAUAGAUGCUAAAGUAAUAACCCUUUGGGGGUACAUAGAACUUAGUGAUUUUCAUUUUAUCAAAUGCCGGAAAAACUGGCGUUCUUAUUUAAAGCUUGUUCUCAUCCCCAAGACAAAAAACAAGCAGUGUCCUCUCCUAUUUCACUGGUAUUACGGGAGUACUUCUAGCGGGUUUUUGAAUUGGAGAUUAACAAAUGAUUAGCAAGUCUCAUGCGUUACUGAGUCAGUCUUCAUUUCAGAUGACAUUCCAUUAACUUUUACUACCUAAGCUUGAGUCAUUUCUCCGUAGUCAUUCUGCUUGGAAUAAAUAAGAAAAAAAACUUUCGUUUGAUAGGUGGCUUGGUUUUUAUGCUCUAGUGGAGCUGCUUGUGUUUUGACCUUUGAAGAGCAGUGUUAAAAGGAGAGGGAAUAAGAAAUAACACAUUUGAAGUUUAAAUAGAUGAGAUUUGUUGUGGCAACAAUUUAGUCUCUCUAGAAGGAAAGCAGAAAUUUUUGUCCUUGAAGUGCUUUAAGCUAGAACAGUGGGUCAAUAAGAUUGUAACUAGCCUUGUUACCCAAGCCUCUUUGCGUGUUCUAGAGGAAAGGCUUCAACAAUUUCAUGUUUUAUCAUCUUGCGCUGAAACGUCUUUGUCAAAGUUCAGCCUAUUUGGAAUAUAUAUCCAUGUUUCAAGAAUGCUGGAAAACAUGGAAGACUUCGGGAAAGAACUGUUUAAGUUAUUGCCGUGAAAACCUGUUUUCACAGUGAAGGCAGGUUUCAGUAUUUUCAUCUAUUCCAAAACAGGUUAAAAAAUGGUAAAGGAUGUGGCCCAUUAUUGUCGAGGCAGUAAAAGGGAGCUAAUAAUAGAAACACUUGUAAAACCCACUAGUAGGACUUAAGACUGAGCAAGCUCAGACUGCAAAGAGUGGUGGCUGCUUUUUGUUAGAAUAUUGUGAAGUCUGAGUCUUUCAGAUCUCCAAAUCAAGGUUGCCUUCUUAGUGAUAUCUAGGCUUAACCACAGCUGCAACUGAAUGUAGGAACUGCUGUUUCAAAUUCACAGCCUUGCUGUGCGUAGUUAUAUUAGGCUGUUGUAGCUGAUUCUCCUAGCUGAUACACUGGAGUAAGGUGUUGCAUGAAGAAAUGCAUCCAGUUGUCUGUUCAGAGCCUACAUCUACUUAAUACAGCUAUGGACAAUAUGAAACCAUCGCUUCCCAAAUGGUGGUAGCAGUCCUUAUUUGUAGAAGAUGAGAUUUAGUAAUUUAAGUCUGUAAGCUGCCUGCUGCCUCUUGUGUGAAUUAUCAGAUCAUUGACUUUCACCUGUGUUCUGCUAAAUCUGACCAUGUGUUUCAGAGAUGAGCACAAAGAGCACAACUAUGGGCAGAUGAACAAUAAUUUUCUCAAGUGAAAGAACCUUUGAAAAGAACAGUGCCUAGUUUGUGUGUGCGUACUAUUCAUUAGUUCAGUGGCUUUGCUUAAACCUUAUUUCCUGCACUACAUUCUUGCACAGCCUAAAUGAAAAGCAUUUUGUUCUGGAGAACUUUUUUUUGAAAGGGAGGAGGGAACCCCACAAAAAACCCACCACAGGAAGUAAGUUUCUAUCUUAAGUCUGUUUUCAUUACCUUAGAUUCACCUGGACUGCAAGACCUCUAUGUCAUUGUUAUUUCUGUAUCUUGAAAAAUCCAAAUUAAACUUCCUUGAAAGCUUGGCAGUUAAAGUUCUAAAUAUAUCUAAAGCCAUUACAAAACUUUAAAGUUGUGAAGAGUUGUUGAAGCUUAAGUUUUAAGUAUUUGAAACAAUAAUAAUUAAUCAGAGCUCUGCAUUUUGUCCUAUUCUGCCAUCCUGCUUAUAAUAGGUAUGCAGUUGCCCUAAAGAUGCAUAUGGACAGAUGUACCUUGAGUUCCAGUCAGCAAUUAUCUUUUCCUUAAUCCUUUUGGAAGGCUCUAGUGUACAUGAUCCAUAUGUUACACCCUUGUUUAAAGUGGCUCAAUAGUUCUCUUAGUAUAUGAAAGUACGUACAAGAUUGGUAUUUAGCCAGUUAAAGAAUGCGGGAGGCCUUUUUAGAGAUUACUUUGGGCCACAGUAGGGGUUACUGUCACUUUUGAUGUGUUCAGUGUUGAUUAGUGUCACUGAGUGUUCCUCUAAUUAGUGUGCUGCCGCCACUAGGGAAAUGGAAGUGGUCCUAGAGGUUCAUGUGUAUUUAAGUAUUAAGAAUCUGUCUUCCUCCUAAGACUCGCCAUACACCUAUACUCAGUUUAGUUAGGAACGUGUCCCCAAUGCACAACAACAUGAAGGUUACUUUCCAGUUGCAAGUUCAAAAGCUCUUGAGAUGAAUAAGGGAAAAAUGACAUAGUUGGUUUAUGUUUGCUGUACAGAUGCUUCAUGCCUACUGCUUCUAGUUUACAUUAAAAAAAAUAAAUCUCAAAAGAGGAUUUGUACUUGGCAUGCCUUUUAAUGUUUGCUACAUGCCUGUGAUUGAUCUCUUCAUGAACAAGUCUUAACCUGUAUUGGAGUGUUGCUAGAGAGUUGAGACAACAAAGUCUUUUGAAAUAAAAUGUACCAAUGUUACUUUAUGUAUGUUUUUCUAAAACAAGUGGAAUUUUAUGCUGUUAUUAAGGAGGAUUUUUUUUUGUGGAAGAUAGUAGUGUAAUUUAAGUGAUGUAUGUGAUCCUCUUGUAAUCAGCUUUGAUUUCUUCAAGAAAUGUUGUAUUUCCUUUUUUAAAUUUCUACAGUAAUCUGUACUAACCAACUUAAAAAUAUUAUGACUUGUACUGGGAUAUCAUAGCUCUAAAACAAGAUGACUGUAUUGGCUUGAGGUCUAAAAUUUUGGGUAGAAGAGGAUCAUCUGAUUUCUUGAAUAAGCAAAAUGCACAGUGUUUUAAGAUUAAGCCAGUAAAGUGUGCUCAAGUUUGGUCUCAGCUAUUUUAGAAUGUCUUGCGUCUGUGAAAGCACAUUUCUGAAAUUAAUUUGGGGUCUGAUUAAAAGUACUUGUGUAUGUAAUAAAUGU